AUGAGACGCGUGGCUGCUCCCGUGUUGGUGUUCCUUGCAGCUGUUGCUGGAGGAAGCGUCAGCCCAGCGCUGGCAAAGGCCCCCAGCCCUCCACCUCCAAAGAAGGCGGAGCCUCAGCAGCCACCUAGCAAGGCACCCCCUGCCCCUCAGGAGCCAGUAUUGCCCCUGAACGUAGAAGAGGAGUGUUUUGAGGUGCCGUACAGCGUGGAGAAGACGUGUUACCGUGACGAGACGGUCUCACGCCCCUUCAGCUGUCCCCACCCUCUUUCCCACGAGUUUUGCGCCGUUAGCCAACAAGAUGCGGAAGGUACUUGUCACCGGCUAGUAGAGCGCGAGGUGCAGUUCCAGUGUCCCAAGGCAUCGCAGCAAAAGUUGUGCGCCAAGGUGCCCAAGACCGUUAAGAAGAACUGUUCGAAGCAGGUCGAGGAGAAGUUUGCCACAACUUGCCCCAAGCACAUCACUGUGCCCAGGUGCGAGAUCGUUGCAAAGCCUGCAGAGGGUACAUGCAUCGAUUACGAGGCUUACAAGCAGGAGUAUGACUGCUGGGGAAGCGAGACAUCGAUGGAGUGCUCUGUUGAUAUGGUAGUCACAGCUAACAAAUGCAAGAGGGAAGUCCAAACUCCUGAAGAAUACACCUAUGAAGACGUCGUUAUGGAGAGACACUGCACUAAACGUAGUGCCAUCGACCAUGGCAAGUGUCUGCGCAGCACCCUCACCGAGGAGCAGUAUCCUUGCAACGAGCAAAAGUGGGAGAAGAAGUGCAAUGACGUCAAGAAGGUUGUUCAGGAGCCUUGUGAAAAGGCAGUGAAGGCCCUCGAGACAUACGAUUGCAGUGAAAUCAAGACACAGCAAGUCCCCAAGACAUGCACUCGCCGUGUGCCUCUUAAGGCUAAGGUCGAGCGCUGCGGUGACUACAAGAAGAAGGGCAGAUUGUUGGCUGGCAAAAAGGGCAAGUGCAGGCUUGUAGAAGUCGACACUGAGGAGAUUGAGACCUAUCCUUGCACGGAAGAAGUCCACAUCUCCGUCCCCCGUGUCUGUACCCGUGAGGUCCAGCGCAUGCAACAGCACAUGUGUCCUCGUGAAGUCCCCGAUGUCCAGUGUGAGAUGGAGCUCAAGGAGAUCCCCAAGAACUGUGUCCGCCAGGUAACACAGGAAGAGGAGGUCCCCUGCUCAGCUGUCCAGCACUUCAACGAAUGCGAGGAUGUUCCUCGUAAGGUCCCCCGUAAGGGCUACCGGUUCUCUACUCGCCAGGAGACCUUUGACUGUCCUCGUCAUGAGUUCUUCGAGCGUUGCCAUGAGAUCAAGAAGCCCCGCAGAAGCACUUGUGUAGCAACUCUCUUCCGCCACGUCGAGAAGCCCUGCGAGCAUCAUGAGUUCGAGGAAGUAUGCAAGGAUGAGGAACAGACCGUAGACACCCCCUGCAUCGACUCUAGACUGGAGGAGGUUGAAUACCCCUGCCCCGAGCAUAUCGAGGAGGAGCACUGUGUGAAUGUCCCCGCCUACGAGAUGGGAACAUGCACAACAGUUGUGCAAGAAAGCGAGGAAUACCCUUGCCCCAAGAGAGAGCCUCGCAUCCGCUGCAAGAAUGUACGCGGAGAAAGGAUCGGCACUUGCUUCAAGCCUGAGACCACUCGUGUUCCCUUCACUUGCUACGAGACCGACUUCAAGGAGCAAUGCGUCCAGCUCGCUACCACUGAGGCACCCUCUCCCCCCCAGAAGGUCAAGCCCUCCAAACAGAACCUGACCGUCUACAGUCCUAUACAAAUCAACCUCCCAGAUAUAUUUCCCCCAACUACAGCUGCGGCAGCAGUAGGACUCGUCUCCCUGCUGUCAGCAGCAGUUCUUGCUCCAGCUACAGCAGCAGCAGCAGCAGCACCAACAGCACGACACCAGUCAUGCUUGGGGGUGCAGCAGCAGCAGCAGCAGCAGCACCAACAGCACGACACCAGUCGUGCUUGGAGGUGCAGCAGUAGCAACAGCGGCAACAGCAGCACCAACAGCAUGACAGGAGUUGUGCUGGCGGAGCUGCGUCAGCAACAGCAACAGCAGCGCCAACAGCAGCGCCAACAGCAUUGCGCUGGUGUAGCAGUAGCACCAGCUGCAACAGAAGCACCAGCAGCACGACAGGACUUGUGCUUGGAAGUGCAGCGUCAGCAGCACCUGCAUCAGAAGCACCAACAGCACGACACCAGUCGUACAUGGAGGUGCAACAGUAGCAGAAGCUGCAACAGCAGCACCGACAGCACGGCAGUCGUGAUAGAGCAGUAG